CUUCAAAAUGCGACGUCACCAACGAAACUUGACUCCAAAGAGACAUGACAUCAGAGAAACAGCAGCUCCAAAAAACAAUAAAUCAGAGAAAGCGCGUGACGAUGACACCAGCGAAACAAUGCGACAACACAUAACGAAACGACGACUCCAAAGAGACAUGACACCAGAGAAAUGA